AUGUCCAAGUACAGCACCCUCCCCGGUCUGGAUACCCAGCCCGACGUCUACGAAACACCGGACCCUACGGACGCGCCAGACUUCACGGCCGCGGCUCCACGAUUCCCAUACAGCCUGUACGGCAACGAGGUAGACGAGGACGAUGAGGAGACCGUAGGGAGCGACACACGCGACGAGGGGAUAGUUCGUCCUCACUUCUCUUCUGUCGCGGCGGCAAGCGAGAGGUUUGGUGGGGCUGCAGCCGGUGGGGAAGGGCCGGAUUUCUCGGGGAAGCUGAGGCCGACUCGGAGACCGCACAUGCGUAGGGGAGGACAACGAGCGGCACAGGAUAGUGAGGGUCCGGUGGAGUACUCAUUGGGACCGUUCACAGGGAGCGAUGCAAAGGGGAGAAAUGAGACUAAGGUGGAGCGGUUGCGACGGCUCAUGUUCGAGGUUGAAGAUCUAGGAAGGGAACUGCAAAACGAUACCACCAAGGACCGGCCGGAGACGGACAAAGAUAACGGGGUAGAUAGUAGCGAGGCAGGGGUCGGGGGGACCGCCACCAAACCGCGCUCGGCCAAACGUAAGGGGCCAUCCCACGCGCAGCUGCUCGAGGUGGUGUCUACUCUGCAGAGUGAUCUGUCAGGAAUAGGGAAGCUCAUGGCGGCCAGCGAUUACGCUUUGGACGGGGACGUCGAUGUAUCAGAUGCGCAUUCUGCCCGACCUACCCCAGCGAAACGACUAGAGCAAGGGCAAAACCUGCUCAAUCAGAUUCGAGCCCUGAAGAAUGUCACCUUAUCCGAAGAGAUGUCCAACGCAACGAAAUCAUCUCCUGUUCCUCUAUCAAACGCGGUCGCAUCCGCAGCUUCCGCCGCAACCGCUCUUACGACGACCUCUGAGCCGUACCUCACUUAUGAGCUCUUCUAUACACCAGAAACUGCAAAAUUGAACGAGCUUGCUAAAGUCACCGAGCUUGAAUCCAGACUGGCCUCCCUAGAACGUCUCAUCGGGACCCACUUCCUCGAUGGACUCGAAGGUGACAACGCAGCGGUCACUUCUCUCCUGCACCAGACAGGAAGCUUGAUCGGCGCUCUCCAUCGUCUGGACAACCAUCUCGCUGUCCUUACUCAGCCACGGCAGUUGGAUCUUGUAGCCAAUCGCGUCAAAGUCAUCACGGCCGACAUGGAGAAACUGGCAGAUUUGAAGAAGAAACAACAGCUGGAGGCAUCUGUCUUGCAAUCCAUGUUCAGUCACAACGCCCAUACGUCCUUGACCGGUUCGUCCUCAUAUCUUCCCACGACCUCGGGUGCAGCCGCGCACACAUCCAGCGCCGACGACGACCUCCACAUGUCCAAAACCCAAACCGAAACCGAAAGACGCAUCAACCAUCUUUUCAACCUCCUCAACAAGCUCGAUCCAGUCGCUGGUCUGCUCCCUCAUCUCGUUGCUCGUUUGCGAGGGUUGAAAGCCCUGCACAACGAGGCCGCGGUGUUCUCGGAUAGCUUGAAGAUGCUACAGGGCGAGCAGGCGCGGGUGGCGGAAGGGUAUAAGAACAUGGACGAAGCGAUUGAGAGGCUGCAAGAGAGCUUGAGCGCGAAUGAAACGGCGGUAGAGAAGAAUGUGGAGGCGUUGCAGGGGAGAUUAGAGGGAUUGGCAGAGAGAGUUGAUAGAUUGGUUGCCAAGGCGAAGUGA